UGACUUUGACUCGAGAUCGAGACUGAACGUGAGAACAAGUUGAGCUGCUGACAAAUCAGUCUUCUGACUUUUGAAACAGAAACAAGUGACAUGAUGGAGCCUAAGGCUAAAACUGAAAGUAAAACAACCAGCACUGGUGUUGAGUGUUUCGCAGUGUAUUCAACUUCAAGCAUGCCAGUUACUGUGAAUCUAAGAUCAACACAUCUACUGCCCUGUCCGUUUCCUGAAAUGGUAGCAGUGUUUGCUGUUUCUUCAGAAUCAACACACAAGGAUAUUUCCCUGAAGGCAACCCUUGUGAAUCAUGAAAACAAGGAAGAGUGUUUGGAUGUUGGAUCAAUCACACAAGAUAGCAGAGCAUUUUGCUGGCAGCCACACCUAAGCAAAGGCUUCACCAUUCCAUUGAAAGAGCAUAGCUACCAUCUCCACAUCGAUACCGCCAAACAGGAAACCGACCAGAAAGCCGAACAGGAGGAAAUCAUGAUGGAAUCUUCACAGACUGAAUCUCAGGAUAUCACAGAACCUCAAGAAGUCAUAGACUCACAACCAGAAGCAGAAGUCACAGACUCUCAACCUGAAGCAGAAGUCACAGACUCUCAACCUGAAGCAGAAGUCACAGACUCACAACCUGAAGCAGAAGUCACAGACUCACAACCUGAACAAGAAAGAUUGUGUUCUAUGACAACACUUUCAAGUCCAUUCGUUGAAAGAUCAAUGAAAGAGGCAAAACAAAAUGAGGAGACACCUCAGGUUCAAGUCCAAGGAACACCACAGCGACCACCUCACCUCUCCCACUCAGCUAGCAAGAAGAGAAAGAUGAAACAUGGAGAGAAUAACAACGAGGGUACUCCGCCAAGCUCCAGGAAGAGGCAGUCAUCGAGACAGAGGCCAUCACCGACCUUAAUGUCAUCACCGCUGUCAUCGAAGGUGGUCACCUCGGACAAGCAAAAUUCAAAACGUCCCCAGACCCCAGGAAGGAAGAAAGAAAAUGAUGCAGAGCCUAGUUCCAGAUGGGGCCAUACUCUGUGUGAUGUAGGCAACCGCAAUUGCUUGUUGAUUGGGGGACAAGGGCACAGACAGACCAUCAGCAAGGAUGCCAUCUGGAUGCUUAAUACAGAAACUGGUGACUGGAGCGUGCCAGCAAUCGAGACCUCUUCAGACAAGUUUCCCUCCCGCAUGGGUCACACUGCGACCUUUGACCCUGAGCUCAACAGCGUGUUUGUCUUUGGGGGAUCCAAGAACCUACGUUGGUUCAAUGACAUGCACAUCUUAGAUCUUGGAACGAUGAAGUGGUCACUUGUUGAGGCUGCUGGCGUAGCCCCUACCAGAGCGUAUCACUCUGCAACCUUCUUCCGCAAAGAACUCUAUGUAUUUGGUGGUGUGUACCCUAACCCCGACCCCCAGCCUGAUGGUUGCAGUAACGAUGUUGUCAUCUUCAAUCCAGAAUCUGAGAGUUGGUAUAAGCCGGUAACCAUGGGGACCAAACCAAAAGCGAGAUCAGGCCAUUCUGCUACUCUCCUUGGGGAUCAAUUGGUUAUCUUUGGAGGUUGGGAUGCUCCUGUUUGCUACAAUGAUCUUCAUGUAUUGGAUCUAUGUCUAAUGGAAUUCACUUCCCCCAAGAUGAUGGGGACACCACCCUCUCCAAGAAGUUGGCAUGCCUCCAUUGCUUUACCUGGUAACAAAGUCCUCAUCCAUGGAGGAUACAAUGGAAAUGAAGCUCUGUCUGAUACAUUCAUCUUUCACCUUGAUACCUUUACUUGGAGCGAGGUGAAGCUGCACUCCAGUGUACCAAUCGGUAUCAGAGCAGGUCAUGCUAUCACCAGUUACCAUGGUAUCAAGACUGCAUCCAAAGAAGACAAGGAGAACAUGCUCAUGGCGGAGUCUCUUGCUAUCUUCGGCGGGGGUGAUAACGAGGACAAUUUCUUUGGAGAUCUGAUCCCGUUCAGCUGGACAUACUCAAAUUUCCUGGAUUUUUAGAAAUUGACAAAACACAAUUUCUUGUUCUUUCUUUCUGCUUUGAUCAUCAAAAAUGCUGUUUUCUUUCACAAGUUUUUUCCUAUAUCUUGUUGUCUUGUUUGUCACAUUCCAUUAUUUCUUCUCCAUUUGUUUAUCGUCUUCAAUUUCUCUCAAGAAGUAUCAAUUUUUCCUUUUUCUAUUUUUUGUUUCUCCAUUCUUAUUGUAUUCACUAUUGUUUCUGUUUCAUAUAGUUCUAUCUUUUGUUGAUCAGUCCUUCAGUUUUGGGUUUUUGUUUGUUUUACAUAGAAAUAGACUGUCUUCUAUGAUUCUAUCUAGUAUAGAUGUUCAUCACCAGAGACGUAUAUGAGAAAAUGGUGGAGUAAAAACUUAAAAACUAACUUUUGAAAUGGAGCAUUAAAGGUCUCUCUUAAAAAUUACUGUUAAUUAAUGAAUUUUCAGUACCUUGAUCAGCAUACUCAGGCAUUGACUUAGAUUAGGUUAUGAGGAGGUAUUGUUAGAAAUCCUUUGAUGCUAUGUGGGCAAGUGUGUCUCAUUUACCUCAUUAUGUGUGGUUUUUUUUUAAAGCAUUGUGUGAUAUGUACAUAUCUACCAUGAUUAAAUAAUGAAUAUCUAUUUAACCAGGGUUGCAAGAAAUAUGAUUGUGUAGUUGUAUUUAAUGAACUUGGAAAACUCCAAACGCUUUCCUAUCAAUAUCCAACAGACUGUGUAGUUGAUGAUUAGUGCCUUACUUGAGAAUUGGUGCCUUACCCUAUGGCAUCGAUGCACCACUUUUAGUUUCAAUCAUACACCCUGUUUCAAGACAUCUGUAUUCCAAGACUGCAUGC